CAGGUGCCCGUUGGUUUGUGUGUCUUUUUCAGCUGCACGUUUCAUCUGUCAGUCAUUAGCAUUCCACAGAUGUUAAGGACAUUUAAAAAAAAAAAAAAAAAAACUCUUAAGUCCUGGGAAGAGGAGAGAAAGGGACUAUUCACUCCCAGCACUUUCUCCCCUGUGCAGGCUCUCAGCCCGACCAGAGACAGAUUUCUAGAGAGAGCGCGGCCGCUGCUGUACCGUCUCAUCUCUCCGGUCGCUGUCAAGGCGGCUGCGGGAUGGCUGCAACUUUUUAAGUCCAAAACUUUUUGGGAAACAGCAGCACAGUCCAUCUUAUAUCUAUCUGCCUCCACUUUUGCCUCCAGUUGUACUGUCCUUGAUGUGAUAUACUGUGUAUACUGCAUAUGAAAGCUCUGGGCUAUGAGCUGUGAUUGGUAACCAGAGGGAAUUCUGCAAGCUGCACAGAAGUGAGAGCAUGAUGUUGCGGUCUGUGGUGCUGCAUGCUCUGCUGGAGCUGUGGCUAGCUAUCUCACUCAGCGCAGGCCAAAGUGGAGAUGAAGCCCUGGCCGAUUUAGGGUCGGGCUAUAUUAAGGACACCCUUCAAGACCAACCGAAAGAGCCCCAGCAUCACCCCCAAGACACCCAGAAAUGCCAGCUGACAUUCAUCACCCCUCCUCAGGAGUCCUGCGCGCAGAGAGCCACCGCCCAGAGUGUGAAGGAGGAUGCGCAGUACCUGCGGAACCUGCUGCAGGACAGCGGCCGGGUGCUGCACAGCCUGAAAUACACGGUGAAUGCUGAUGUGCAGGAGCUGGGGUACCAGGAGGUCAUCACCGAGCAUAACAAAGGAAUCAGGGAGGACAACAGGGAAUUCUACGGAACCUUGAGCAAAGUCAUGCAGGAGCUCCAGACCCGGAUGGAGGAUGACGGCACAGACGUUCCAGAUGAGAAAAAGAAGCUGCAAAAGAACUUCCUCAUGAUGGAUCACCUGCUCCAGACCACCUUCCACCUGGCUGACAAGCUGGACAAAGCCUCGGAGGAUCUAGAUCUCAUCCUGGAAAAGCAUCUGGAGAGAUCCACUACCCUGGCUUACAGAAACACCCUAAAAUCCUGAUCUUGGGCUUCCCAGAGAGACCAUGAGAUCUGAUUGCACCCAAAGAUGGCUGACAGCGGGCCGCAGCUCCCAUGUGACCAGACAAAGUAUUCCGCCAUGACACUCCGAUGUCUCUGAGCAUACCUACAGUAUUCUCCAGAAGGAUUUCAGGUGUACCAUACGCAAUGGUUCUCCACAGCCUUGUGCGACAUUAUCAGAGAUGUUCAGAAGUUCCUCUUUUACACUUUUUCUAUAUAAAUGUAAAUGUAUGCUGUGAAUUUCCUUAUAAAAGCAUUAAUACCUACA